AUGGGCCUCAUAUGUCACGGUCUCCUGGGCACCUCUUAUCAGUCCAAUUUUCUUAUUUGCUCACACGAAGAGAUAUGGGUCUUUCUACAGCCUCUACUCCUUCGUAGGGGAUAUCAACUACGACCACGUUACGACCCCAAUUGGAGGCCUUCCUGGACGCGGCAAUUCUCUCUGUUUGGACCAGCCACAGCAUUUGAGGACGGACAGGUGUUAACAAAGCCAUGCACAAUUGAUGCUAUAAGGAUCAAGGAUGGCAUGAAGGUGGUUAUGAAAAUAGUCUCUACAUCAUCCAACGAAAUUCCUAUUAUCCGAUAUCUCAAUUCUGGCGCGUUGCGCUCGGAUCCUCGAAAUAAAACGGUUCCACUGCUUGACGUCAUCCUGUUUCCCCAUACAGAUGAGAAAGCAUUAAUCGUUAUGCCCAUGCUCUUGCAAUUUAAUGCUAUACUGUUUCGUUACAUGAACGAACUGUGCCAAUCUAUGGAACAAUUCUUUGUGGGACUCGCCUUCAUGCACGAGCACAAUAUUGCUCACAGAGAUGCUUGUUAUCGCAAUCUCAUGAUGGAUGUCACCCAUGUCUUACCACAUGGAUACCAUUUCGCUUGCUGGGAUACGGAAGACGGGCUCUAUAAACGCGUUCGACCAUUGGAAAGGCGAUCUGUUUCUCCACCGGACUACUUCAUCAUCGAUUUUGGCUUGUCCUCUCAAUUUCCUCCAGGUGUCACCGGCGUAAAACUUCGCGGUCUGUUCGGGCAAGACAGAACCGUUCCAGAGGGACUGACCGGUGAAAUGUACGACCCGUUUAAAUACGACGUAUAUCAACUCGGGAACGUUCUUGCUCGACUGGUUGGGAUGUACGAGGGAUUGACUAUCUUCAAGCCACUAACCGACGUGAUGACUCAUCGGAACCCGGAAGAACGGCCUUCUGCUGCAGAGGCCCACAGAAUGCUCGUCGAAAUUGUCGCGUCUUUGGCUCCAGAUCAGCUUGACCAACGAAUCUGGCAUAGGCGGACACCACCGGAUCUACGAUAUCGCAUUGAAUUUUGCGGUGAAAACCCUGUCGAAGAGUAUUUUGAUUGA